UUGGGGACCGGCAAGGGCGCGUGGCCGGGAGCUGGCUGAGCUAUGGAGGCGGGCGCGGGGGGCUCUCGCGCCCACCUGGCCGCGCUGGUGUUGGCGCGCGGCGGCAGCAAGGGCAUCCCGCUGAAGAACAUCAAGCUGCUGGCGGGAGUGCCGCUCAUCGGAUGGGUGCUGCGCGCCGCCAUCGACGCCGGCGUCUUCCACAGCGUAUGGGUGUCUACGGACCAUGAUGAAAUUGAGAAGGUCGCAAAGCAGUUCGGCGCUCAAGUUCAUCGCAGAAGCCCAGAAGUUUCUCAGGACUCCUCAACUUCUCUAGAAGCUAUCACGGAGUUUCUUAAUCAUCACCAUGAGGUUGAUAUUGUAGGAAAUAUUCAAGCAACAUCUCCCUGUUUACAUCCCAGUGAUCUUAUAAAAGUGGCAGAUCUGAUACAGAAGGAGGGGUUUGAUUCUGUCUUCUCUGUUGUAAGACGGCAUCAAUUUAGAUGGAGCGAGGUAAAAAAAGGAGAAAAUAAAAUGACAGAGCCUCAAAACCUGAAUCCAGCAAAACGAUACCGGAGGCAAGAUUGGCCUGGGGAGCUGUAUGAAAAUGGAUCCUUUUAUUUUGCAAAGAGACAUUUGAUUGAGAAAGGCUACUUACAGGGUGGUAAAAUGGCCUACUAUGAAAUGCGUGCAGAGCACAGUGUGGAUAUUGAUAUAGACAUUGAUUGGCCUAUUGCAGAGCAGAGGGUAUUGAGCUUUGGAUAUUUUGGCAAAGAGCCGCUAAAAGAGGUGAAGCUGUUGGUUUGCAGUAUUGAUGGAUGCCUGACAAAUGGCCGCAUUUAUGUGACAGAAGAUCAGAAGGAAAUGGUCUCCUAUGAUUAUAGAGAUCUGGUUGGUAUCAAUCUAUUAAAGAAAAGAGGAAUCCAGGUUCGACUCAUCUCUGAAAGAGAUUGUUCAAAAACACUGUCAGCCAUGCAGCUGGGAUGUAUAGCAAAAGUUAGUGCAACAAAUAAAUUACAAGUCCUGGAGGACUGGCAAAAAGACAUGGGUUUGAACUGGAAAGAAGUUGCUUACUUAGGAAACGAAGAGUCUGAUGUGGACUGCCUGAAGAAAGCUGGCAUGAGCGGGGUGCCUGCUGAUGCUUGUGCGGUUGCUCAGAAGGCUGCUGGUUAUAUUUGUAAAAGCAAUGGUGGCUGUGGAGCUGUCCGAGAGUUUGCAGAACACAUAUUCCUGUUGUUGGAAAAAGUGAACUCUGCAAGAAAGCAGAUGGAAGAAAUGAGUUCAGCAUGAAAGGACAUGGCGGGAAAUGAGAACAGCAGGAGAGGAAGUAAGACACUAAUGAAAAAAAAGCGUAACAUAGUUAGUAUAGUUGGUCAAUUCCUACUUGUUUUUUUUUUUUCCUCUCUCGGGAAGUCUGUAUCCCUAUGGAUGGCUUAUCUUUCAAGUUUUGCAUUGCAGUAGAGUCAAAAAGAUACUUCCCUCUAAGUUAAGGUCCCACUUUGAUUAAGUGCUGAUAUUCAUGAUUAUAUGCUGGUAAACAUGAUCAUAUUCAGGAUGAUUUUAAAAGUCAUUUAAGUGUAAUGGAUGGAAUGCUACAAAACGUAGUCUCCUGUGAAUCUACUCUUAAUCAUUACACCUAUCCUACAGAAAUAAUGUCUCUUUAUUUUGUAAUUGGAUUUUUUUCAGGGAUCAAUGACUUUGCAUGACUUGAAGGCUUGCAAUUCAGAGGUUUUUUUUUUUUUAAAAAAAGGUCUGUUUUCCUCAUUUGGUUUGUAUUUCCUGUAUCAAAUGUCAACAUGAUGUUGUAGUUGUGUGCUUGAUUUUUACAGCAUUCAUCUCUAGUUAGGAGAAGUUUUAGCAUAUGCUGGAGAGGUCAAAUCAAACUUUUUCCUAUAUUUUUAAAAGACAGCUCAGUUCCUGUAAAAGCAGUUAAUAUUACUGUUAGUUAAAAGCACUUAAGUAUGUGUUCAAUUUUAAGCUCAAAAAUAAUUAAAUGACAUUUGGAAUUGUGCCUCUUAUCUUUGAAGCUGUUUAUAUUGGGUUUUAUUGAAAUGCUUAAAUUAACAGACCUGAAUGCUUCGCCCAAUUUGGAGUUGAAUUUCCAAUUAACUUUGAGAUCUUUCAUUUGCAGAAAGUCAGCUUCUUUCUAUGAAACCUUUAUUGAAACUACUAAUGAGGAAGAGAAAAAACAAUCUUUAAUGUUUAUUGUAUGUAAAAGUAACUGUUGUUUAAGGAAAAUCCUCCAAAGUAUAGUUGUUGAUUACGGGUUUAUUUAAAAUAUAUAUUUGGAGUAUUUUUAGCAUGUUAAUUUAAGGCUGGUAUGUAUGUAUGUAUUUAUGGAAAAGAUAUCUUUUACUAUGUCUUGAUUUAAAGAACUCAUCUUUAAGAAGUUAUAGAACUGACACUAAAAAUAUGCAUGAGUUUUCAUUCCUAGUGUUUAUGAGUAUUUAUGAGUCAAGUUCUGCCUUAAGUUAUGCUAAAAAAUAAAAAAACCCUGGUACACAAGCAGUUACUACUGCAGUGAAUAAUAAUACUGUUUUAUUUUGCUUGUCUGCUAAAUAGACAAUCCCAGUAUAAUAUCAUGUGAUAUAUUGUCCUCUGAUUAGCUAUUUUACAAAGCAAAAUUUUAACCUGAAGUUCUUUUACUGCCUAUCAACAGUAUCAAGGUUAAUAGUUUACUGUACUAAUCAGCUCUAAGUUAUCAUUUAUGUAUUCCAGUGUGAUUUUAGGCCUCUAUGCUGGAUAAAUCCCAUGGCCUUUGAUAACAGGAUAGCCACAUUUUUUGAGAGAACUCUGAACUUUGAUAUAGGUAGUUCUAUAGUUUUAGUUCUAUACACUAUGAUAAAACUUCAGAAGUCCAGAUUGGAUGAAAAAUUCAAGUUUGAUAAUGACCUAUAGAACUGGCCAAGUUUGCCAUUGCUUCACCUUAUCAUCAUCGAGUAACCUGACUUUGAUUUCAAGGGCCACUUGCCUUUGAAUAGAUAGCUUUAAACAAGGUGACUUGAUUGCCACUCCUAUUAUGUUAGAGAAAGCAAAACUAUAAGUGCAAUUACAAUAGAAGUAUGAGUUGACAGUACUGUUUCUAGCUUACUCUUUGAACCAAGAACUGUUCUCACGUUUCAGAUGCCUGCUGAUGCAUGUACAUUGCAUCCCUGCACCAAAAAGAAGUGCAGAAACACUUUUGUAUGAAUGUUGGUAAUGAGCAGAAAGAAGUGGUAGCUGAUAUCUAAGUGCUUUCACUUUGAUAAAUUCUUGUUUAGCAAAAUGUUAUAUCAUCAUACAUUGGAAAUACAGGAAGAAUAUGAAGGAUAAAAGAGCUCUGGAGACUGUUUACAAAAUAAACCCUGUUUGAGGACAUGGGAAGUACAUCAUCUGCUGCCUGAAACGUUCCGAUUUGCGUUGUCCACAGUGCGUGGGAAAGCCUGAGUAUAAACUGGAGUAGUAUGAGGAAUGUCUUAAUUGCUCCUCUUGAUUUUAUAGAAGACCCUCAAUGAUGUGAAGGGUUUAGGGGUCACAGGGGCAGAGAUAGUGAGGACAACUCUAAGAAUCAUCUUAAAGGGGAAGUCCUAGGUCCCAGGCAAGGUUCAAAAGUGUAAGGUCUUUUGCCCACACUUAUUGUGUCAGUACAUACCUUGGAACCAUGACUGCCUUUCAUUAGAGGUGUGUUAUUCACAGUUGUCAUUUUUCUUACAGGGGGCUAUUUUUUUUUUUUUUUACUUUCUUGGUCACAUGAGCACUUGUUUUUUACUUUAAAUUGCCUGGUGUAUUCCAAAAAAAGGUGUUGGGUAAGGUGGACUGUUUUAUCAUAAUUUUGUGAAACCAAAAAAAGUUAAGUAUAUAAUAAUUUGUAAGAAGCUAUUGUGAAAAAAAUAGCUGAUUGCCUGAAAUUUGAAA